AGACCCGCCCGCCGGAGCCGGAGUUACAAGAGCCGCCUCCGCGCAGGGGGGACCGGCCACUCGGAGCUGCUCUGCCGCGGGGACUGCACCGCCCGCCCUGCCAGACCCGCCCGGACCGGGGCUUGUCACCGCCAGCAGCCGCAGCACCGCAGCCUCGGGCCCCGCGCCGGCUAUGGCUGUGCCCUGGGGCUGAGCUCUCAGGUUGUGAAGAUUCCGGACGAGAGAGACUAAGGGGAAGAGAGGAAAGCGGGGUGGGCUCCUGGCAAGGCAUUCGAUCCUGAGUGGAAUCCUGCAAAGAUGGAGAAGGAGGAGGAGACAACUCGGGAGCUGCUGCUGCCCAACUGGCAGGGUAGUGGCUCCCACGGGCUGACCAUCGCCCAGAGGGAUGACGGCGUCUUUGUGCAGGAGGUGAUGCAGAACUCCCCUGCGGCCCGCACUGGGGUGGUCAAGGAGGGGGACCAGAUUGUGGGUGCCACCAUCUACUUUGACAACCUGCAGUCGGGAGAGGUGACCCAGCUGCUGAACACCAUGGGGCACCACACAGUGGGCCUGAAGCUGCACCGCAAGGGCGACCGGUCCCCCGAGCCUGGCCAGACUUGGACCCAUGAUGUCUUCAGCUCCCGCAGCUCUGAAGUGGUUCUGAGCGGGGAUGAUGAGGAGUACCAGCGCAUCUACACCACGAAGAUCAAGCCACGGCUGAAGUCGGAAGAUGGAGUGGAAGGAGACCUUGUGGAGACCCAGAGCCGUACCAUCACGGUGACCAGAAGGGUCACGGCCUACACCGUGGAUGUGACCGGCCGGGAAGGAGCCAAGGACAUAGACAUCAGUAGCCCUGAAUUCAAGAUCAAGAUUCCAAGGCAUGAACUGACGGAAAUCUCCAAUGUGGAUGUGGAGACCCAGUCCGGGAAGACCGUGAUCAGACUGCCCUCGGGCUCCGGGGCAGCCUCUGCAACCACAGGCUCUGCUGUGGAUAUCCGAGCAGGGGCCAUUUCUGCUUCAGGACCAGAGCUCCAAGGUGCUGGCCACUCGAAGCUCCAGGUCACCAUGCCUGGGAUAAAGGUGGGAGGCUCGGGUGUCAAUGUCAGUGCCAAGGGCUUGGACUUGGGUGGCGGAGGAGGGGUGCAGGUUCCAGCAGUGGACAUUUCAUCUUCUCUUGGGGGUGGGGCCAUAGAGGUGCAGGGCCCGUUGCUGGAGAGUGGUGAUCAUGGGAAAAUUAAAAUUCCCACUAUGAAGAUGCCGAAAUUUGGUGUCUCGACAGGGCCUGAGGGCCAGACACCAGAGGCAGGGCUGAGGGUUUCCACACCUGAAGUCUCUGUGGGGCACAAGGGUGGCAAGCCAGGCGUGACUGUCCAAGCCCCUCAGCUGGAAGUCAGUGCACCCUCGGCCAAUAUUGAAGGGCUUGAGGGGAAGCUGAAGGGCCCCCAAAUCACUGGGCCGUCACUUGAGGGUGACCUGGGCCUGAAAGGUGCCAAGCCACAGGAGAGCAUUGGGGUGCACGCCUCUGUUCCCCAAAUUGGGGGUAGCAUCACUGGCCCCAAUGUGGAAGUACAGGUCCCUGACGUUGAUAUUCAUGGGACUGGGAGCAAACUGAAUGUGCCCAAGAUGAAAGUCCCCAAGUUCUCUGUAUCAGGUACAAAGGGAGAGGAAAUUGGAAUUGACGUGACCCUGCCUACAGGUGAAGUGGCUGUUCCUGGGGUCUCUGGGGAUAUCAGCCUGCCCGAGAUUGGUACUGGUGGGCUGGAAGGAAAGGUGAAAGGUGUGAAAGUCAAGACUCCUGAAAUGAUUGUUCAGAAACCUAAAAUCUCCAUGCGGGAUGUGGAUCUGAGCCUUGGGUCUUCUAAACUGAAAGGAGAUAUUAAGGUUUCUGCUCCUGGGGUGCAAGGUGAUGUGAAAGGCCCUCAAGUGGCGGUUAAAGGCUCCAGAGUGGACAUUGAGACACCAAACCUACAGGGAACCUUGACUGGCCCCAGGCUUGGCAGUCCUUCCGGGAAAACUGGAACCUGUAGUAUCUCUAUGGCAGAAGUAGACUUAAAUGUGGCUGCACCUAAAGUGAAAGGGGGUGUAGACAUCACGCUCCCCAAAGUAGAAGGGAAAGUCCAAGUCCCUGAAGGUGAUGUCAAAGGCCCCAAAGUGGACGUCAGUGCCCCAGAUGUGGAAGUACAUGGCCCAGAAUGGAACCUGAAGAUGCCCAAGAUGAAAAUGCCCACAUUUGGCACUCUAGGAGCCAAAGGGGAAGGUCCAGAUGUGCACGUGACUCUACCCAAAGGAGAUGUCAGUAUUUCAGGGCCCAAGGUCAAUGUGGAAGCCCCAGAUGUCAACAUGGAGGGUCUGGGGGGAAAACUGAAAGGCCCUGAUGUUAAGCUGCCUGAUGUGAGUGUGAAGACACCAAAGAUCUCCAUGCCUGAUGUAGAUUUGCACGUGAAAGGUCCAAAGGUGAAGGGAGAGUAUGAUGUAACCGUACCAAAGCUUGAAGGAGAACUCAAAGGCCCGAAAGUGGACAUUGAUGCCCCGGAUAUGGACGUCCAUGGCCCAGACUGGCACUUGAAGAUGCCCAAAAUGAAAAUGCCCAAAUUCAGUGUGCCAGGGUUCAAAGCAGAGGGCCCAGAAGUGGAUGCGAACCUGCCCAAGGCUGAUGUGGACAUUUCCAGGCCCAAGGUAGAUGUUAGUGCUCCUGAUGUGAGCAUUGAGGGACUAGAAGGGAAAUUGAAAGGGCCCAAGUUUAAGAUGCCUGAGAUGAACAUCAAAGUCCCUAAGAUCUCCAUGCCUGAUGUGGACUUACAUUUGAAAGGCCCUAAUGUAAAGGGCGAAUAUGAUGUCACAGUGCCAAAGGUUGAAGGUGACAUUAAAGUUCCUGAUGUUGAACUUAAAAGUGCCAAAGUGGACAUUGAUGCCCCAGAUGUGGAGGUUCAGGGCCCAGACUGGCACCUGAAGAUGCCCAAGGUGAAAAUGCCCAAAUUCAGCAUGCCUGGCUUCAAAGGAGAGGGUCCAGAAGCGGACGUGAACCUGCCCAAGGCUGACGUUGACAUCUCAGGACCCAAGGUGGAUGUUGAAGUUCCAGAUGUGAAUAUUGAAGGACCUGAAGGAAAGCUGAAGGACCCCAAGUUCAAGAUGCCAGAGAUGAAUAUCAAGGCCCCCAAGAUCUCCAUGCCUGAUGUGGACUUGCAUGUGAAAGGGCCCAAGGUAAAGGGAGAAUAUGAUGUUACAGUGCCAAAGCUGGAAGGGGACCUGAAAGGCCCCAAAGUGGAUGUCAGUGCCCCAGACGUUGAAAUGCAGGGUCCUGACUGGAACUUGAAGAUGCCAAAGAUUAAAAUGCCCAAAUUUAGCAUGCCCAGUCUCAAAGGAGAGGGGCCAGAAUUGGAUGUGAACCUGUCCAAAGCAAAUGUGGACAUUUCUGCACCAAAGGUAGAUAUUAGUGCUCCAGAUCUGAGUCUGGAAGGACCUGAAGGGAAGUUGAAAGGCCCCAAGUUUAAGAUGCCCGAGAUGCACUUCAAAGCUCCUAAGAUGUCUCUGCCAGAUGUUGACCUGGAUCUUAAAGGACCCAAAAUGAAAGGAAAUGUAGAUAUCUCUGCACCAAAGAUAGAGGGUGAGAUGCAGGUUCCAGAUGUGGACGUCAAAGGUCCCAAAGUAGAUAUUAAAGCACCAGAUGUGGAAGGCCAAGGCCCAGACUGGAGCCUGAAAAUACCCAAGAUGAAAAUGCCCAAGUUCAGCAUGCCCAACCUCAAGGGUGAGGGCCCAGAAGUGGAUGUGAAGCUGCCCAAGGCCAACACUGACGUCUCAGGACCCAAGGUAGAUGUGGAUAUCCCAGAUGUGAGCCUCGAAGGUCCAGAAGGGAAGCUGAAGGGUCCGAAGUUUAAGAUGCCUGAGAUGCACUUCAAGGCCCCCAAGAUCUCCAUGCCUGAUGUGGACCUGAAUCUUAAGGGGCCCAAACUGAAGGGUGAUGUGGAUGUGUCUGUGCCCAAGGUAGAAGGUGAAAUGAAAGUGCCAGAUGUUGACAUCAAAGGGCCCAAAGUGGACAUUGAUGCCCCAGAUGUGGAUGUUCAUGGCCCAGACUGGCACCUGAAGAUGCCCAAGAUGAAAAUGCCUAAGUUCAGCAUGCCUGGCUUCAAAGCAGAGGGCCCAGAAGUGGAUGUGAACCUGCCCAAGGCUGACAUUGACGUCUCAGGACCCAAGGUGGAUGUUGAAGUCCCAGAUGUGAGCCUCGAAGGUCCAGAAGGGAAGCUGAAGGGUCCCAAGUUUAAGAUGCCUGAGAUGCACUUCAAGGCCCCCAAGAUCUCCAUGCCUGAUGUGGACCUGAAUCUUAAGGGGCCAAAACUAAAGGGAGACGUGGAUGUGUCUGUGCCCAAGGUAGAAGGUGAAAUGAAAGUGCCAGAUGUUGACAUCAAAGGGCCCAAAGUGGACAUUGAUGCUCCAGAUGUGGAGGUUCAUGGCCCAGACUGGCACCUGAAGAUGCCUAAAGUGAAAAUGCCCAAAUUCAACAUGCCUGGCUUCAAAGGAGAGGGCCCAGAAGUGGAUGUGAAUCUGCCCAAGGCCGACAUUGAUGUCUCAGGACCCAAGGUGGAUGUGGAAGUUCCAGAUGUGAAUAUUGAAGGUCCAGAUGUGAAACUAAAAGGUCCCAAAUUCAAGAUGCCGGAAAUGAAUAUAAAGCCUCAGAAGAUAUCCAUGCCAGAUGUGGGUUUGCAUUUGAAAGCUCCUAAAAUGAAAGGAGAUUAUGAUGUCACAGUUCCAAAAGUAGAAGGAGAGAUUAAAGCUCCUGAUGUUGACAUCAAAGGCCCAAAAGUUGACAUGAAUGCACCAGAUGUGGAGGUUCAUGGCCCAGACUGGCACCUGAAGAUGCCCAAAGUGAAAAUGCCCAAGUUCAGCAUGCCUGGCUUCAAAGGAGAGGGCCCAGAAGUGGACGUGAACCUGCCCAAGGCUGACCUUGGUGUCUCAGGACCCAAGGUGGACAUUGAUGCUCCAGAUGUGAAUCUUGAAGCUCCAGAGGGGAAACUGAAAGGCCCCAAGUUCAAGAUGCCAAGUAUGAAUAUACAGACACACAAAAUCUCUAUGCCUGAUGUUGGACUUAAUUUGAAAGCCCCUAAACUGAAAACUGAUGUAGAUGUUUCCCUUCCCAAAGUGGAAGGAGACUUGAAGGGUCCUGAAAUUGAUGUGAAAGCCCCUAAGAUGGAUGUGAAUGUUGGUGAUAUUGAUAUUGAAGGUCCAGAAGGGAAGUUGAAGGGUCCCAAGUUUAAGAUGCCUGAGAUGCAUUUCAAGGCCCCUAAAAUCUCCAUGCCUGAUGUGGACUUACACUUGAAAGGCCCCAAAGUCAAAGGGGAUGUGGAUGUGUCUGUGCCCAAGGUAGAAGGUGAAAUGAAAGUGCCAGAUGUUGACAUCAAAGGGCCCAAAGUGGACAUUGAUGCCCCAGAUGUGGACGUUCAUGGCCCAGACUGGCACCUGAAGAUGCCCAAGAUGAAAAUGCCCAAGUUCAGCAUGCCCGGCUUCAAAGGAGAGGGCCCAGAAGUGGAUGUGAACCUGCCCAAGGCUGACCUUGACAUCUCAGGACCCAAGGUGGAUAUGGAUGUCCCAGAUGUGAGCCUCGAAGGCCCAGAAGGGAAGCUGAAGGGUCCGAAGUUUAAGAUGCCUGAGAUGCACUUCAAGGCCCCCAAGAUCUCCAUGCCUGAUGUGGACCUGAAUCUUAAGGGGCCAAAACUAAAGGGAGACGUGGAUGUGUCUGUGCCCAAGGUAGAAGGUGAAAUGAAAGUGCCAGAUGUUGACAUCAGAGGGCCCAGAGUCGACAUCGAUGCCCCAGAUGUGGACGUUCAUGGCCCAGACUGGCAUCUGAAGAUGCCCAAGAUGAAAAUGCCCAAGUUCAGCAUGCCUGGCUUCAAAGGAGAGGGCCCAGAAGUGGAUGUGAACCUGCCCAAGGCUGACAUUGAUGUGUCUGGACCCAGUGUGGACACUGAUGCUCCUGAUUUGGAUAUUGAAGGGCCAGAAGGAAAGUUGAAAGGCUCCAAAUUUAAGAUGCCCAAGUUGAAUAUAAAAGCUCCCAAGAUCUCCAUGCCAGAUGUGGACUUGAAUUUGAAGGGACCCAAACUGAAGGGAGAGAUAGAUGCUUCUGUGCCAGAACUGGAAGGUGAUCUCAAAGGGCCGCAAGUUGAUAUCAAAGGUCCUUCUGUGGAUGUGGAGGUGCUUGAUGUUGAUCUAGAGUGUCCUGAUGCAAAGUUGAAAGGGCCCAAGUUUAAGAUGCCAGACAUGCAUUUUAAGGCCCCUAAAAUCUCCAUGCCUGAUGUGGACUUACACUUGAAAGGCCGCAAAGUCAAAGGGGAUGUGGAUGUGUCCAUGCCCAAGGUAGAAGGUGAAAUGAAAGUGCCAGAUGUUGACAUCAAAGGGCCCAAAGUGGACAUUGAUGCCCCAGAUGUGGACGUUCAUGGCCCAGACUGGCACCUGAAGAUGCCCAAGAUGAAAAUGCCUAAGUUCAGCAUGCCCAGCUUCAAAGCAGAGGGCCCAGAAGUGGAUGUGAACCUGCCCAAGGCUGACAUUGAGGUCUCAGGACCCAAGGUGGAUGUGGAUGUCCCAGAUGUGAGCCUCGAAGGUCCAGAAGGGAAGCUGAAGGGUCCGAAGUUUAAGAUGCCUGAGAUGCACUUCAAGGCCCCCAAGAUCUCCAUGCCUGAUGUGGACCUGAAUCUUAAGGGGCCAAAACUAAAGGGAGACAUGGAUGUGUCUGUGCCAAAAUUGGAGGGAGAGUUAACAGGCCCCAGUGUGGAUGUGGAGGUGCCUGAUGUUGAGCUGGAGUGUCCUGAUGCAAAAUUGAAAGGCCCUAAAUUUAAGAUGCCAGACAUGCACUUCAAGGCCCCCAAGAUCUCCAUGCCUGAUGUGGACUUACACUUGAAAGGCCCCAAAGUCAAAGGGGAUAUGGAUGUGUCUGUGCCAAAAUUGGAGGGAGAGUUAACAGGCCCUAGUGUGGAUGUGGAGGUGCCUGACGUUGAGCUCGAGUGUCCUGAUGCAAAGUUGAAAGGGCCCAAGUUUAAGAUGCCAGACAUGCACUUCAAGGCCCCCAAGAUCUCCAUGCCUGAUAUGAACUUAAACUUAAAAGGUCCCAAAGUCAAAGGGGAUGUGGAUGUGUCUGUGCCCAAGAUAGAAGGUGAAAUGAAAGUGCCAGAUGUUGACAUCAAAGGGCCCAAAAUGGACAUUGAUGCUCCAGAUGUGGAGGUUCAAGGCCCAGACUGGCACCUGAAGAUGCCCAAGAUGAAAAUGCCUAAGUUCAGCAUGCCUGGCUUCAAAGCAGAGGGCCCAGAAGUGGAUGUGAACCUGCCCAAGGCUGACAUUGACAUCUCAGGACCCAAGGUGGAUGUUGAAGUCCCAGAUGUGAGCCUCGAAGGUCCAGAAGGGAAGCUGAAGGGUCCCAAGUUUAAGAUGCCUGAGAUGCACUUCAAGGCUCCCAAGAUCUCCAUGCCUGAUGUUGAUUUCAAUUUAAAGGGACCCAAAAUCAAGGGAGAUGUUGAUGUUUCUGCCCCAAAGCUGGAGGGAGAGUUAAAAGGUCCAGAAUUGGAUGUCAAAGGUCCCAAAUUAGAUGUUGACAUGCCAGAGGUAGCUGUGGAAGGCCCAGAUGGCAAAUGGAAAACUCCUAAGUUCAAGAUGCCAGACAUGCACUUUAAAGCUCCCAAAAUAUCUAUGCCAGACCUCGAUCUACACUUAAAGGGCCCCAAGACAAAAGGAGAGGUGGAUGUAGACGUUCCCAAAUUGGAAGGGGAUCUUAAAGGGCCACAUGUGGAUAUCAGUGGGCCAGAUCUUGACAUUGAGGGACCAGAGGGCAAAUUGAAAGGCCCUAAGUUCAAGAUGCCUGAUAUGCAUUUCAAAGCCCCCAAUAUUUCUAUGCCUGAUGUUGACCUAAAUCUCAAAGGACCCAAAAUCAAAGGGGAUGUAGAUGUGUCUGUGCCUGAGGUAGAAGGUAAAAUUGAAGUACCAGAUGUGAACAUCAAGGGCGCCAAACUUGAUGUAAAUGCCCCCGAUGUCCAAGGUCCAGACUGGCACCUGAAGAUGCCUAAGAUGAAAAUGCCCAAGUUCAGCAUGCCUGGCUUCAAAGCAGAAGGCCCUGAAGUUGAUGUCAACUUGCCCAAGGCUGACAUCGAUGUCUCAGGACCCAAGGUGGACAUUGAAGGCCCUGAUGUUAAUAUUGAAGGACCAGAGGGAAAGUUGAAAGGACCCAAGUUCAAGAUGCCUGAGAUGAACAUCAAAGCCCCCAAGAUCUCCAUGCCUGACUUUGAUUUGCAUCUGAAAGGGCCCAAGGUGAAGGGUGAUGUGGACGUUUCUCUGCCCAAGGUGGAAGGUGACCUCAAGGGCCCUGAAGUUGACAUCAAGGGCCCCAAAGUGGAUAUUGAUGCCCCAGAUGUGGGUGUUCAAGGUCCAGACUGGCACCUGAAGAUGCCCAAGAUGAAAAUGCCCAAGUUCAGCAUGCCUGGCUUCAAAGGAGAGGGCCCAGAUGUGGAUGUGAAGCUGCCCAAGGCUGACAUUGACGUCUCAGGACCCAAGGUGGAUAUUGAUGUUCCAGAUGUGAAUAUCGAAAGUCCAGAGGGAAAGUUGAAAGGGCCUAAAUUCAAGAUGCCUGAGAUGAACAUCAAAGCCCCCAAGAUCUCCAUGCCUGACAUUGACUUAAACCUGAAAGGUCCCAAAGUAAAGGGUGAUAUGGAUGUUUCCCUUCCUAAAGUGGAAGGUGACCUCAAGGGCCCAGAAGUUGACAUCAAGGGCCCAAAAGUGGACAUUGAUGCACCUGAUGUGGAUGUUCGUGGCCCAGACUGGCACCUGAAGAUGCCCAAGAUAAAAAUGCCCAAGAUCAGCAUGCCUGGCUUCAAAGGAGAAGGCCCAGAAGUGGAUGUGAACCUGCCCAAGGCUGACCUUAACGUCUCGGGACCCAAAGUGGAUGUUGAAUGUCCCGAUGUGACUAUCGAAGGACCUGAAGGAAAGUGGAAGAGUCCAAAGUUUAAGAUGCCUGAAAUGCAUUUUAAGACUCCAAAGAUAUCCAUGCCAGAUAUUGACCUGAAUCUCACAGGUCCAAAAGUAAAAGGAGAUGUGGAUGUUACAGGCCCUAAGGUAGAGGGAGAUCUGAAAGGUCCUGAAGUUGACCUCCAAGGCCCCAAAGUGGACGUUGAUGUCCCAGAUGUUAAUGUUCAGGGUCCAGACUGGCAUCUGAAGAUGCCCAAGAUGAAAAUGCCCAAGUUCAGCAUGCCUGGCUUCAAAGCAGAAGGCCCUGAAGUGGAUGUGAACCUGCCUAAGGCUGACAUUGAUGUCUCAGGACCCAAAGUGGACAUUGAAGGCCCCGAUGUUAACAUUGAAGGACCAGAGGGAAAGUUGAAAGGUCCCAAGUUCAAGAUGCCUGAGAUGAACAUCAAAGCCCCCAAGAUCUCCAUGCCUGACUUUGAUUUGCAUCUGAAAGGGACCAAAGUGAAGGGCGAUGUGGAUGUUUCUCUGCCCAAGGUGGAAGGUGACCUCAAGGGCCCUGAAAUUGACAUCAAAGGCCCCAAAAUGGACAUUGAUGCCCCGGAUGUGGAUGUACAAGGCCCAGACUGGCACCUGAAGAUGCCCAAGGUGAAAAUGCCCAAGUUCAGCAUGCCUGGCUUCAAAGGAGAGGGCCCAGAUGUGGAUGUGAACCUGCCCAAGGCUGACGUUGACAUCCCAGGACCCAAGGUGGACAUUGAUGUUCCAGAUGUGAAUAUCGAAGGUCCAGAGGGAAAGUUGAAAGGUCCCAAGUUCAAGAUGCCAGAGAUGAACAUCAAAGCCCCCAAGAUCUCCAUGCCUGACAUUGACUUAAACCUGAAAGGUCCCAAAGUGAAGGGUGAUGUGGACGUGUCUCUGCCAAAAGUGGAAGGUGAUGUGAAAGUUCCUGAUGUGGAUAUUAAAGGCCCCAAAGUGGACAUUAAUGCCCCAGAUGUGGAUGUUCAAGGCCCAGACUGGCACCUGAAGAUGCCCAAGGUGAAAAUGCCCAAGUUCAGCAUGCCUGGCUUCAAAGGAGAGGGCCCAGAAGUGGAUGUGAACGUGCCCAAGGCUGACCUUGAUGUCUCAGGACCCAAGGUGGACAUUGAUGUUCCAGAUGUGAAUAUCGAAGGUCCAGAUGCGAAACUGAAGGGCCCCAAGUUCAAGAUGCCAGAGAUGAACAUCAAGACUCCUAAAAUAUCAAUGCCUGAUUUGGACCUCAAUCUUAAAGGUCCUAAAAUAAAAGGAGAGGUGGAUGUUUCACUUCCAAAUGUAGAAGGUGAUUUGAAAGGACCUGCUCUUGACAUAAAAGGCCCGAAGAUAGAUGUAGAUGCUCAAGAUAUUGACAUUCAUGGCCCUGAUGGCAAAUUAAAAGGUCCAAAACUGAAGAUGCCUGACAUGCAUGUAAACAUGCCUAAGAUCUCCAUGCCAGAAAUUGACUUGAAUUUGAAAGGCCCAAAGCUUAAGGGAGAUGUUGAUGUCUCCGGGCCCAAAUUGGAAGGUGACAUUAAAGCUCCCAGUUUGGAUAUAAAGGGCCCAGAAGUGGACGUUUCUGGUCCUAAGCUUAAUAUUGAUGGCAAGUCAAAGAAAUCUCGUUUUAAGCUUCCCAAAUUUAAUUUUUCGGGCUCCAAAGUUCAGACACCUGAGGUGGAUGUCAAAGGUAAAAAGCCAGAUAUUGACAUAACAGGUCCAAAAGUUGAUAUUAAUGCUCCUGAUGUCGAGGUCCAAGGAAAAGUGAAAGGACCCAAGUUUAAAAUGCCUUUCCUGAGUAUUUCAUCUCCCAAAGUAUCUAUGCCUGAUGUGGAGCUAAAUUUGAAAGGUCCCAAAGUCAAAGGAGACUUAGAUGUGGCAGGUCCCAAUCUAGAAGGUGACUUUAAAGGUCCCAAAGUUGAUGUUAAGGUACCAGAAGUGAAUCUUAAUGCACCCGAUGUGGAUGUUCAUGGUCCAGACUGGAAUCUGAAGAUGCCCAAAAUGAAAAUGCCUAAGUUCAGUGUGCCUGGCUUCAAAGCAGAAGGGCCAGAUGUAGCUGUGGAUCUACCAAAAGGAGACAUCAACAUAGAGGGCCCAAGUAUGAACAUUGAGGGUCCAGAGCUCAAUGUGGAAGGUCCAGAGGGAGGCUUGAAAGGUCCCAAAUUCAAGAUGCCUGACAUGAAUAUCAAAGCUCCCAAGAUCUCCAUGCCUGACCUUGACUUAAACUUGAAGGGCCCCAAGGUAAAAGGUGAUGUGGAUGUUUCCCUUCCCAAACUUGAAGGGGAUCUGAAAGGGCCAGAGGUUGAUAUCAAAGGCCCUAAAGUGGAUAUCAGUGCCCCAGAUGUAGAUGUUCAUGGCCCAGACUGGCACCUGAAGAUGCCCAAGGUGAAAAUGCCCAAGUUCAGCAUGCCUGGCUUCAAAGGAGAAGGUCCAGAAGUGGAUGUGAACCUACCCAAGGCUGACCUUGAUGUCUCAGGACUCAAGGUGGAUGUUGAUGUUCCAGAUGUGAAUAUCGAAGGUCCAGAUGCAAAGCUGAAAGGCCCCAAGUUCAAGAUGCCUGAGAUGAACAUCAAAGCCCCCAAGAUCUCCAUGCCAGAUUUUGACCUGAACUUAAAGGGACCCAAAAUGAAGGGUGAUGUGGAUGUGUCUUUGCCCAAAGUGGAAGGUGAUCUAAAAGGCCCUGACAUGGACAUCAAGGGCCCCAAAGUGGACAUUGACACUCCUGAUAUUAACAUUGAAGGCCCAGAGGGUAAAUUGAAGGGACCCAAAUUUAAGAUGCCAGAGAUGCACCUGAAGGCUCCUAAAAUAUCAAUGCCUGACAUUGAUUUAAACCUGAAGGGCCCCAAAGUGAAGGGUGAUGUGGACGUUUCUCUGCCCAAAGUGGAAGGUGACCUCAAGGGCCCUGAAGUUGACAUCAAGGGCCCCAAAGUGGACAUUAAUGCCCCGGAUGUGGAUGUUCAAGGCCCAGACUGGCACCUGAAGAUGCCCAAGGUGAAAAUGCCCAAGUUCAGCAUGCCUGGCUUCAAAGGAGAGGGUGAUGUGGAUGUGAACCUGCCCAAGGCUGAUGUUGACAUCUCAGGACCCAAGGUGGACAUUGAUGUUCCAGAUGUGAAUAUUGAAGGUCCAGAUGCGAAACUGAAGGGCCCUAAAUUCAAGAUGCCUGAGAUGAACAUCAAAGCCCCCAAGCUCUCCAUGCCUGACUUUGAUCUUAACCUGAAAGGUCCCAAAGUGAAGGGUGAUGUGGACGUGUCUCUGCCAAAAGUGGAAGGUGAUGUGAAAGUUCCUGAUGUGGCUAUUAAAGGCCCCAAAGUGGACAUUGAUGCCCCAGAUGUGGAUGUUCAAGGCCCAGACUGGCACCUGAAGAUGCCCAAGAUAAAAAUGCCCAAGAUAAGCAUGCCUGGCUUCAAAGGAGAAGGUCCAGAAGUGGAUGUGAACCUGCCUAAGGCUGACCUUGAUGUCUCGGUACCCAAAGUGGAUGUUGAUGUUCCAGAUGUGAAUAUCGAAGGUCCAGAUGCGAAACUGAAGGGCCCUAAAUUCAAGAUGCCUGAGGUGAACAUCAAAACCCCCAAGAUCUCCAUGCCUGACUUUGAUUUGCAUUUGAAAGGCCCUAAGGUGAAAGGAGAUGUGGAUGUUUCUCUGCCGAAGAUGGAAGGUGAUUUAAAGGCCCCUGAAGUUGACAUCAAAGGCCCCAAAGUGGAUAUUGAUGCUCCAGAUGUGGAUGUUCAUGGCCCAGACUGGCACCUGAAAAUGCCCAAGGUGAAAAUGCCCAAAUUCAGCAUGCCAGGAUUUAAAGGAGAGGGCCCAGAAGUGGAUGUUAAUUUGCCCAAAGCUGACAUUGAUGUCUCAGGACCCAAAGUGGACAUUGACACUCCUGACAUUGAUAUUCAUGGUCCAGAAGGGAAGCUGAAGGGCCCCAAAUUUAAAAUGCCUGACCUACACCUCAAGGCACCGAAGAUCUCUAUGCCUGAAGUUGACCUGAAUCUGAAAGGUCCAAAGGUGAAGGGCGAUGUGGACGUUUCUCUGCCCAAAGUGGAAGGCGACCUCAAGGGCCCUGAAGUUGACAUCAAAGGCCCCAAAGUGGACAUUGAUGUCCCAGAUGUGGAUGUUCAAGGCCCAGACUGGCACCUGAAGAUGCCCAAGGUGAAAAUGCCCAAGUUCAGCAUGCCUGGCUUCAAAGGAGAGGGCCCAGAUGUGGAUGUGAACCUGCCCAAGGCUGACCUUGAUGUCUCAGGACCCAAGGUGGACAUUGAUGUGCCAGAUGUGAAUAUCGAAGGUCCUGAUGCGAAAAUGAAGGGCCCAAAAUUCAAAAUGCCUGAGAUGAACAUCAAAGCUCCCAAGAUCUCCAUGCCUGACUUUGAUUUGCACCUGAAAGGACCCAAAGUGAAGGGCGAUGUGGAUGUCUCCCUUCCUAAAGUGGAAGGUGACCUCAAGGGCCCAGAAGUUGACAUCAAGGGCCCCAAAAUGGACAUCGGUGCCCCUGAUGUGGACGUUCAUGGCCCAGACUGGCACCUGAAGAUGCCCAAGGUGAAAAUGCCCAAGUUCAGCAUGCCUGGCUUCAAAGGAGAGGGCCCAGAUGUGGAUGUUACCCUUCCUAAAGCCGACAUUGACGUCUCAGGACCCAAGGUGGACAUUGAUGUUCCAGAUGUGAAUAUCGAAGGUCCAGAUGCAAAAUUGAAGGGCCCAAAGUUCAAGAUGCCAGAUAUGAACAUCAAGGCCCCCAAAAUCUCCAUGCCUGACAUUGACUUUAACUUGAAGGGUCCCAAAGUGAAGGGUGAUGUGGACGUCUCUCUGCCCAAAGUGGAAGGUGAUCUCAAGGGUCCUGAAAUUGACAUCAAAGGCCCCAGUUUGGACAUUGACACUCCUGAUGUCAAUAUUGAAGGUCCAGAAGGAAAAUUGAAGGGGCCCAAAUUUAAGAUGCCAGAGAUGAACAUCAAAGCCCCCAAGAUCUCCAUGCCUGACUUUGAUUUGCAUCUGAAAGGUCCCAAAGUAAAGGGUGAUGCGAAUGUUUCACUUCCUAAGGUGGAAGGUGAUCUGAAAGGGCCAGAGGUGGACAUUGAAGGUCCUGAAGGGAAACUCAAAGGUCCCAAGUUUAAGAUGCCUGAUGUUCAUUUCAAAACCCCGCAAAUCUCCAUGAGUGACAUUGAUUUGAACUUGAAAGGACCUAAGAUAAAAGGAGACAUGGACAUUUCCGUUCCUAAACUGGAAGGAGAUCUGAAAGGUCCCAAAGUGGAUGUCAAAGGCCCUAACUUGGACAUUGACACCCCUGACAUUGACAUUCAUGGUCCAGAAGGGAAGCUGAAGGGCCCCAAAUUUAAAAUGCCUGACCUACACCUCAAGGCACCGAAGAUCUCUAUGCCUGAAGUUGACCUGAAUCUGAAAGGUCCAAAGGUGAAGGGCGAUGUGGACGUUUCUCUGCCCAAAGUGGAAGGCGACCUCAAGGGCCCUGAAGUUGACAUCAAAGGCCCCAAAGUGGACAUUGAUGUCCCAGAUGUGGAUGUUCAAGGCCCAGACUGGCACCUGAAGAUGCCCAAGGUGAAAAUGCCCAAGUUCAGCAUGCCUGGCUUCAAAGGAGAGGGCCCAGAUGUGGAUGUGAACCUGCCCAAGGCUGACCUUGAUGUCUCAGGACCCAAGGUGGACAUUGAUGUGCCAGAUGUGAAUAUCGAAGGUCCUGAUGCGAAAAUGAAGGGCCCAAAAUUCAAAAUGCCUGAGAUGAACAUCAAAGCUCCCAAGAUCUCCAUGCCUGACUUUGAUUUGCACCUGAAAGGACCCAAAGUGAAGGGCGAUGUGGAUGUCUCCCUUCCUAAAGUGGAAGGUGACCUCAAGGGCCCAGAAGUUGACAUCAAGGGCCCCAAAAUGGACAUCGGUGCCCCUGAUGUGGACGUUCAUGGCCCAGACUGGCACCUGAAGAUGCCCAAGGUGAAAAUGCCCAAGUUCAGCAUGCCUGGCUUCAAAGGAGAGGGCCCAGAUGUGGAUGUUACCCUUCCUAAAGCCGACAUUGACGUCUCAGGACCCAAGGUGGACAUUGAUGUUCCAGAUGUGAAUAUCGAAGGUCCAGAUGCAAAGCUGAAGGGCCCCAAGUUCAAGAUGCCUGAAAUAAAUAUCAAAGCUCCCAAGAUCUCCAUGCCUGAUGUUGACCUGGAUUUGAAAGGACCCAAAGUAAAAGGAGAUUUUGAUGUGUCUGUCCCUAAGCUUGAAGGGACUUUGAAAGGCCCAGAUGUAGAUCUUAAAGGUCCAAGUCUGGAUUUUGAAGGCCCUGAUGCCAAACUCAGUGGCCCAUCUUUGAAGAUGCCAUCACUGGAGAUAUCUGCUCCUAAAGUAUCUGCACCUGAUGUUGAUUUGCAUCUUAAGGCACCAAAAAUUGGAUUUUCCAGUCCGAAGUUAGAAGGUGGUGAAGUGGACCUCAAGGGACCCAAGGUUGAAGCUCCAAGCUUAGAUGUUCACAUGGACAGCCCAGAUAUUAACAUCGAAGGGCCAGAUGUUAAAAUCCCCAAAUUUAAGAAACCCAAGUUUGGAUUUGGGGCAAAAAGCCCCAAAGCUGACAUCAAGUCACCUUCUCUAGAUGUCACCAUUCCUGAGGCAGAGCUGAACCUUGAGACUCCUGAAAUCAGUGUUGGUGGCAAGGGCAAGAAAAGCAAGUUUAAGAUGCCUAAAAUUCAUAUGAGUGGUCCUAAAAUUAAGGCCAAAAAACAGGGAUUUGAUGUGAAUGUUCCUGGGGGUGAAAUUGAUGCCAGUCUCAAGGCUCCCGACGUAGAUGUCAAUAUUGCAGGGCCGGAUGCUGCUCUCAAAGUCGACGUGAAAUCACCCAAAACCAAGAAACCGAUGUUUGGAAAAAUGUACUUCCCAGAUGUAGAGUUUGACAUUAAAUCACCUAAAUUUAAAGCUGAGGCCUCUCUCCCUAGCCCCAAAUUGGAGGGUGAACUCCAGACAUCUGAUCUGGAACUUUCUUCACCAGGGAUUCACUUCGAAGGUCCUGACCUCAAGGCGAAGGCUCCCAAGGUCAAGAUGCCAGGUGUGGACAUCCCAGUGCCAAAAAUAGAGGGUGACCUGAAAGGUCCCAAAGUGCAGGCAAACUUGGAUGUGCCUGACAUCAACAUCGAAGGCCCAGAUGCUAAAGUCAAAACACCGUCCUUCGGCAUUUCUGCCCCUCAAGUCUCCAUCCCUGAUGUGAAUGUGAACUUGAAAGGACCAAAGAUAAAGGGUGAUGUCCCCAGUGUGGGACUGGAAGGACCAGAUGUAGAUCUGCAAGGUCCAGAAGCAAAAAUCAAGUUCCCCAAGUUUUCCAUGCCCAAGAUCGGUGUCCCUGGUGUGAAAAUGGAGGGUGGGGAAGCCGAGGUCCAUGGCCAGCUACCCUCUCUUGAAGGAGACUUGAGAGGACCAGAUGUGAAGCUUGAAGGGCCUGAUGUUUCUCUAAAGAGGCCAGGAGUAGACUUGCCUUCAGUGAAGCUCUCUAUGCCAAAAGUCUCUGGGCCUGACCUUGACCUGAACUUGAAAGGACCAAGUUUGAAGGGAGACCUGGAUGCCUCUGUUCCCAGCGUGAAGGUGCAGGCUCCGGGGCUCGACCUUAGCGGUGUCGGUGGCAAAGUGCAGGUGGGAGGAGAUGGAGUGAAAGUGCCAGGGAUUGAUGCCACAACAACGCUUAACGUGGGGGCACCAGAUGUGACACUGAGGGGACCAAGCCUGCAGGGAGACCUGGCUGUCUCUGGUGACAUCAAAUGCCCUAAAGUAUCCGUAGGCGCUCCUGAUCUAAGCUUGGAGGCCUCCGAAGGCGGCAUUAAACUUCCCAAAAUGAAGUUGCCCCAAUUUGGCAUCUCUACUCCAGGGUCCGACUUGCAUGUCAAGGGGCCACAGGUUUCUGGAGAACUGAAGGGGCCUCAGAUUUCAGCACCGAGUGUGGACUUGAACUUGGAAGGACCAAAAGUGAAAGGGAGCCUUGGGGCCACUGGCGAGAUGAAAGGCCCCACUGUGGGAGGAGGCCUUCCAGGCCUAGAAGGAAACCUCCAGAUGCCUGGAAUUAAGUCCUCUGGAUGUGAUGUGAACCUGCCGGGUGUGAAUGUGAAACUCCCAACCGGGAAGAUUUCUGGUCCUGAAAUCAAAGGUGAUCUGAAAGGUUCAGAAGUAGGUUUCCAUGGGGCUGCUCCCGAUAUCAGUGUGAGGGGGCCUUCCUUUAAUAUGGCAUCUCCUGAGUCAGAUUUUGGCAUCAGCUUGAAGGGUCCAAAGAUCAAAGGAGGUGUGGAUGUUUCUGGGGGUGUCAGUGCCCCAGACAUCAGUCUCGGUGAAGGGCAUGUGAGUGUUAAAGGCUCCGGGGGUGAGUGGAAGGGGCCCCAGGUCUCCUCUGCUCUCAACUUGGACACAUCUAAGUUUGCUGGGAGCCUUCAUUUCUCAGGACCAAAGGUGGAAGGAGGUGUGAAAGGAGGUCAGAUUGGACUCCAGGCUCCUGGGCUAAGUGCGUCUGGGCCUCAAGGUCACUUGGAAAGUGGAUCUGGAAAAGUAACAUUCCCUAAGAUGAGGAUGCCCAAAUUUACCUUCUCUGGCCGUGAGCUUGUUGGCAGAGAAGUGGGGGUGGAUAUUCACUUCCCUAAAGCAGAGGCCAGUGUCCAACCUGGUGCCGGACAAGGCGAGUGGGAAGAGUCCGAAGCGAAACUUAAAAAGUCCAAAAUCAAAAUGCCCAAGUUUAAUUUUUCCAAACCUAAAGGGAAAGGUGGUGUCACUGGCUCACCGGAAGCAUCCAUCUCUGGGUCCAAAGGUGACCUGAAAAGUUCGAAGGCCAGCCUGGGCUCUCUGGAAGGAGAGGCAGAGGCCGAAGCCUCUUCACCGAAAGGCAAAUUCUCCUUAUUUAAAAGUAAGAAGCCACGGCACCGCUCGAAUUCAUUCAGUGAUGAAAGAGAGUUCUCUGCGCCUUCCACCCCGACGGGGACUCUGGAAUUUGAAGGUGGGGAAGUGUCGCUGGAAGGCGGGAAAGUGAAAGGGAAACAGGGGAAGCUGAAAUUCGGUACCUUUGGUGGAUUGGGGUCAAAGAGCAAAGGUCAUUAUGAGGUGACUGGGAGUGAUGAUGAGACAGGCAAGUUACAGGGGAGUGGGGUGUCCCUGGCCUCUAAGAAGUCCCGACUGUCCUCCUCUUCUAGCAACGACAGUGGGCCUAAGGUUGGCAUCCAGCUUCCCGAGGUGGAGCUGUCAGUUUCCACAAAGAAAGAGUAGCAGGCCUUUGUAUGUGUGUACAUAUAUAUAUACAUAACAAAACAUCAAACCCAGGUGUGUUCCUAUAUCAACUCCAAGGAGAAACACACCGACAGCCUCAGCAAUCAUGCAGAGACCUUGCCUGACACAGUGGCAAGGGCCGAAAAAGCGACCUCCUGUCAGCUCCUGGAACUAUACAGACAGGUCAAGAGUUCCAAUUUCGUCCAGCCCAUGUGCAAAGUCAACAGUAUUUGCCUUAAGAUUUCAUUUCUUUUUAUUUUUUUUGCAUUGACUGCUGAGAGCUCCUGUUUACUAAGCAAGCUUUUAUGUUUAUUAUCCUCAUUUUUACUGAACAUUGUUAGUUUCAGGGUAAUGGAAACCCACUUUUUCAUUAUAAUGACUUUGGGGGCUUUUGUUAGUAAGGGAGGGUGGGGGUGAUGGGUUGCAGACGGAGGUCAGGUCUCCCUCUUUCCUGAGAUUGGAUCUGUUCCAACAGCGAACACCCACAGAUGGCUCAGAGGUGGCGGCAGUCAAGGUGUGGGUGUUUUUAGGGUUUUUUUUUUUUUUUUUUUUUUUUUUUUGCUUUUUUCACCCAGGGUUGAUGGUCCCAGCCAGUUUGGUGCUGAUGGUGAGAGGAAAUUAGAAAUCUGUUUGCAAAUUGUCCAACCCACCAACUCAACAUGAGGGGCCUCUGUUUUCUGGGUUUUGCAAGGGAAAUGUUUAUUCAUGUCACCAUGUUCCUGAUAUUAGUUCUAAUUUCUUUUUAACAAAUGUUAUCAUGAUUAAGAAAAUUUCCAGCACUUUAAUGGCCAAUUAAUUGAGAAUGUAAGAAAAUUGAUGCUGUACCAGGCAAAUAAAGCUGUUUAUUAACCUUGA